CCCAAUUCAGUUGAAUUUCUUUCUCUCUCGAGUAAAACCGUACAAUCGCGAUUCCUAAUAUGGAUCUCUACUACAUGCCUAGCCCCGGGGCCAGUCGCGCUGUUAUCAUGACAGCCAAAGCUGUCGGCGUGGAAUUCAACAAGAAAGUCGUCGUGAAUGUCUUUGAGGGGGACCACUUGAAGCCGGACUUCGUGAAAAUCAAUCCACAGCACACCGUUCCCACCCUCGUAGACAACGGAUUCGUCCUUUGGGAAUCGCGUGCCAUUCUCAUUUACCUGGCUGAGAAGUACGGCAAGGAUGACUCCCUCUACCCCAAGGAUCCUCAAAAGCGUGCUGUAGUGAACCAGCGCCUGUUCUUCGAUUUGGCCACCCUUUAUGACGCCAUUUCCAGCUACUACUACCCGGCCUUCAAAACUGGAACGUUCGGGCCCCCUGAGGCGUGGAAGAAGAUCGAAAACGGAUUUCAGUUGCUCAACACCUUCCUGGAGGAUCAGGAAUACGUGGCUGGCAGCCAGCUAACCAUUGCGGACAUUUCCAUUCUGGCUACCAUCUCCACGAUCGAAGUGGUGGACUUCGACUUGAAGAAGUAUCCGAAUGUGGAUAAGUGGUAUGCAAACGCAAAGAAGGUGACCCCCGGCUGGGAUGAGACCUCGCCAGGCCUCCAAAUUCUGAAACAUACACAUAAAAUUUUAUUCGCGAGCAUCAACAUGGACCUCUACUACUUGCCUAGUCCCGGACCCAGUCGGGCCGUUCUCAUGACAGCCAAGGCUGUGGGUGUGUCCUUGAACAAAAAGCUUCUGAACAUCAAAUUGGGAGAGAACCUGACGCCGGAGUUCUUGAAAAUAAACCCACAGCACACUAUACCCACACUCGUUGACAACGGCUUCGUCCUUUGGGAGUCGCGUGCCAUCCUCAUUUAUCUGGUUGAGCAGUACGGCAAGGAUGACUCCCUCUACCCCAAGGAUCCACAAAAGCAGGCUUUGAUCAACCAGCGACUCUAUUUCGAUAUGAACACCAUGUACGACGCCUUUGCCAGCUACUACUACCCCAUUUUCCGAACUGGCAAUUACGGCGACGCUGCAGCUUGGGCGAAAGUGGAAAAUGCUUUCACGCUUCUCAACACCUUCCUGGAGGGUCAGGAAUAUGUGGCUGGAAGCCAGCUAACCAUUGCGGACAUUUCCAUUCUGGCUACCAUCUCCACGAUCGAACUGGUGGACUUCGAUCUAAAGAAGUAUCCGAAUGUGGCCAGGUGGUACGCAAACGCGAAGAAGGUGACUCCGGGCUGGGAGGAAACCGUGGAAGGCUUAUACUCAAGGAAACACAUCUUUGAUGAAAAGAAACCGGAAUUCAAGUAAAAUGAUAAACUUUUCUUAUGCUUUUAGAUUAUUUUAUUUGUAUUAAAUAAAUUAAAAAAUUAGAAAAUGUGAAACGAAAUAUUUUAACUAUA